AUGUCCCGUUACGAAGAUCCCCUACCAUUUGCCAACGAACAGUUACUGGAAGAGGAUUACGAAGAUGGUUACCAAGAUUGCGGAGAAAAUGAUGACUUCUUCGCCCGCGUUCAGGAUACAAUGAGCUACCAAGAUGCUUGCCUCCCCCCGAGUGCAUAUCCACACCCAAGCCAUGUCUCUGCUGGAUACUCUAUCCCCCUCACUGAGUCUACCUACCCAACGCUUGCCAUUGAGACUGAUGGUUCCAUCCAGGAAUCGCAUGGGUCCUCUUAUCAGACGAGCCGGAAGACUGGUACCACGAGCGAAACAAGUGCAAAGCCGGAAUCUGGACAUUUCUUCGCUGCCAUGAACCCUUCGGAACCCAUGACUCACAUUCCCGUCCUCUCGAGCGACUUUUUGUACAUGGGGGGUGCCAAUACAGAGAUAGACUACCACCAAAACAUGGCCGGGAUGAAUACACGGGAUCCGGUACAAGUGGAUGUUGAAGCGGCACUGCAGCAAAACGGAAUUCCUCCCAAAUAUGAAACGCUUGCUCCUCAACUAGGGCAAAGAGAGCUCAUGGGUAUCGCUCAAGUACAGCCCAACUCACAGGCGAUCAUCGAAGAGGAAAUCAGACACGUAUGCAAUAUGAUCCUCGAGUCAGAGCCAAAUGUCGCUCUUGAAUGCCUCGCUGAAUUCAAGGAGAUCAUCAACAAGAAGAAAUGCGAAAAACUUAAGGCUUCAAAGACGACCUCAUCUAAGCCAUCGAGAGCUCCUCCUCCAGAUACUAGCAAGAAGGAUAAAUCGAUUCAGUGUAUCGCCGUCGGCUGCAACAUCUUGUUUGGUCACGUCGGAUCUCUUCAGCGCCAUGUCGAGAGUAGUCAUCACCCACGUGCCACAAUCUGCUGCCCUGAGCCCGGUUGUCAAGAAAGAUGUCACAGAACGGACAAAUUUCGUGACCAUUGCCGCCUUAGCCAUCUUCGGAAUCCAUCGAAUGAGGAGAUUAAGCAUUACACCAUAGAACUCCCCGCCCCAGCUUCAUGCAGCCUUUGCACCAGGACAGUCAAAGGCUGGAAGGAGUUCUAUCGCUGCUUCAAAUCUCAUUGUCUCAGUGUUAAUGGCCGAGGGGAGGCAGGAGCCCCAAAUGACGAUGGUUCAAACAGAGAUAUUUUUGAUCAGGGUCCUUAUAAUGCCCAACUCCAAAACAAUGGUUCAAACUUCUCGGGACCGAGAAAUGACGGCUUGGGAAUGCAUGAAGCCCAGGAAUACAACAACCUCGGCAACAACUACUACCCUGGUAACUCAACUCAAAACUGGCAACAUCUACAAGCUCAGAGCUGUAUUUCACCCACAGUUCCCCGACAAGCCUCCGACAUGUUGCGUUCAUCUUCUGACGGUAUCAUCGCCCGCCAACCACCUCAAGCACGACUGGAUGUCCCGUCUCACGCCCAUCAUCAAAAGCGCCAAGCAUCUGAGCAAGACCAUUCUGAGCUUCCUGGAGGAUCUAAUGAGCUUGGCUCAACCACCCAACGCCCAUUCAAGCGGUCGAGACAGACUAGGAACGAGCCGCAAGAGUAUCAACACUGUCGAACCUGCUCACACUUAUUCAAAGACUGCACCAUUUGUAAGAGCAAAGUAGUUCGACCGGGAGCCCGGUGUCACGCUUGCCCUACUCAAGAUGCUGUCAGGCUUCAAGAAAGCGCACUGAUAUCCCAAAGAUCUCGACACAAUGAGUUGAACCCCAGCCAAGCCGGUAUGAACAUGAAUUACCUAAAUAUGAUUGACCUCGGCAACCUGCAGCAGUUUCCCUCAUCACAAAACUUCCCUACCCAGCGCUCCUUUGGAAGGGGAAACGUGCCGUCAUCCAGACGCCCCGGAAAUUAUGGCCCUUCCACAGGAAACCCCCAAGGACGUUCUAACUUUACCAAUAUGGUAAUGUUCAUGGAUGUGAGUGAACUAAGCGAGGAGGAAAUGCUCUCACCCAAAUCCAAAACUCCGGAUGCGUGUUUCGGUACCUGGCUUAGCUGCCUUCCCAUCAGGGAUUCUCUGCCGAGAUGGCUAUCCAAGGUCCCACAAACGGCUAAAGCAUUGGAGUGUGAGACGGAAGAAGCCGUGACCUCCGAGUCUCAACUCAGCAUUAUCCUCCCAACAGCCAAGCUUGCAAACAUUAGCCCUUUCGUCUGUGGCUGUCCCUGCGUGACCAAAUCACUGCUCUCAAGCAAUGCACGCGUUGAGAUUGUCCCCGGCAGACAUCUCGAUAUGAACGUCACGAUUCUCUCGGAGGACAGGACUAGUCAUCCCCUCCGAACGAGAGUUCAUGUCGUCAUCAAACUUCUUAAGCUGCGGUCGUCAGUGGCUCGAUCGGCAAAUAAGAAGAAGAACCAGGAAGACGCGAGGACCAUUCAACAAGUCCUCAUGGCUAGCCUUGCUGGCUCCGCCUCCGCGAACCUUGUCGAGGAAGCUGAAGAAGAUACCGUCGACGAUACGGAUGUUUCCGAGUCGGAAGACGACGACGGCUUAUUCUCAGACGUGGAGUCCGUUACCUCAUCUGUCGACGAUACUUCCUCAGUUGCCGACCUUGGGAAUGCUCUCGUUCCCUACAAGAGGCCCGGCUACGGUGAUCUGUUUUCUGGCGAUGAUUCUGAUGAAGAGAGUGAGGAUGAUGAAGAUGUUUUGGACCUGAUCGCGUACAGGUCCAGCGGUCCCGAUGACCAUUCCGGGGAUGCCGUCUUUGACGAGACCCAAGCUCUGUACAUCGGAAGCGAUGGGCAUGAAGUUGAGGAAGUCGGUGAAGUCGAACUUGAGAUGUCGUUCGACUUGGACCUUCAAGACUGCCUCGAUACCCUUGCCAGUCUCACUGAUGGGCUAGCUGAUGUGCAAAGCUCCGACGACACAACCACUGAUCCUGAACUGGUGUUUAACUAUUUCUUUCGAUACAUUGUCUAUUUGAUCUUUUCUUUGAGUCGGUCCCGAGUUACGGCUCGUCGUGAGUGA